AUGUCUGAUAUAAAUGGUAAACCACCUGUUGUUAAAAUGAGGAAAGAUAAAAAUCCACCAAUAUCACCUUUAGCAACAAAUAAUGGAAAUAAUAAUGAUUUGUAUGAAUCAAUUCCUGAUGGAGGGACACGUUCUCUUUUAUCUCGUACAAUGGAUAUUUUACAUGAGACAGAUCCUGUAAUAGAUGAAGGAAAUGAAGAAAUUAAAAAACUAGACUCACAAUUAGAUCAUCUUAAUGAAUAUAUGGAUAAGGUAGAAAAAAGAUUACGUGAACAUAGUGAUAAACUUUUAGCAACAUUAAAAGAACAAAAAGAGGAAAGAGAAAAAAGGAGAAGAAGUUUUCAUGAAAGACUUCAAUCAAAUCAACAAGAAGAUGAUGAUUUUCAGGAACGUCUUAAUUCUCUUUUAAAUAGAGUAGAUAUUUCAAAAAAUCGUUCCUCUGUCUAUGAUAUUAUUUCAAAUAUGGAAAUACCAAAAGUACAAGAAGAAGAAAAAUAA